AUGAGGCGAGGGGACGGGAGGCAGAGACAUGGAGCAGCUCAAGCUUGAAUGCUAGAGAGUUAGAGCGUGAGAAACCGGCCCCGGCUUGAAACCCAGAAAGAGAAACAGAGCUGCUCAGUCUUGAAAUAUAAAGAGAGACGGGUGCUGCUCAAGCGAGAGAGAGAACUUCUUUUGAAAGUUUGAGUCACUAAUGGCGGCAAUGGCAUCACUUUCGUAUCUCCUCCCUCCUAAACCUAUACAAUUCCGCCUCCCCUCAAAAAUCCAACAAAAUUUCUCUAAGAAAACUUUUAGAAUGCAGGCUGCAAAGCUUCCUGUUGGGGUGGAAUUACCCAAAGAAGAGCCCAAGCUUCCAGCUCCUUUUCUGGGGUUCACAAAUACUGCAGAAAUCUGGAACUCCAGGGCCUGUAUGAUAGGCCUCAUUGGCACAUUCAUAGUAGAGCUGAUUCUGCAAAAGGGUAUACUUCAAAUAAUUGGAGUGGAUGUGGGAAAAGGACUGGAUCUUCCUCUGUGAUGGCUUGUGGUUCUACAUGUCCCAAGGUCAUCUUGAAGAAUGAAUAUAACUAUUGUCAGGAGCCAUGGGUGGGAAUGCUUGUUCGUAACGGCUUUUCAUCAAUCCAUUUCUGAUAUAUCUAGUUAAUGUUGUACCACAUAACCAGACUUGGUUUCAUGUACAAAAUUAAAGUAACCAGUUGAUGGUUCAUCAGGAAAUCCAGUUUGUCAAUGUUAAUUUCUUUUUCUUUUUGUUUGGUAAUUGAGUGGUAGUAGGAGUUCAUUGGCAAUUCCAGUUUGAUAUUGUAGCAUCUAUAUGUAAUGAAAUUGCCAGACUAGGUCCGAUUUUUUAGUCAUCUACUCUGAAUAUCAUACAUUUAUGAAGGUGCUUCUUUGU